AUGGGAACCAUUGAGGGUCAAGCGGACCGGCAAGAGCAAGGCACAAGCACGCCCGAGUUACCUGCGCCGCCCGAGCCCCAGAACGACAAGGGGAUUUUCCCUCCGUCGAUCAAGAGCCCUCUUGUGGAAGACUUGGAAGGUCUUACACCCGAAAAUGUGGACAUCUUCAACUUGGACGCUGUGGCAGCUAUCAAAUUGCUGUGCCGGAGCAUCGACAGUCUGGUCCAGAUGACGGGCGACGUACCUCCGACUCCCCCAGCACACAGUCGAGGGGCGUCUCCAGUUCGCGGCGUAUCUAAACUGCGCGACUCAACCACACUGGACACGACUACGCCGAAGAAAGAAAACCUCGUGCUACGCGCUCCAGCGCCAGGGUCAGGGAUUCAGCAGGAGCACAUCGACGGGGUCUCUUUUGUAGACACGCACAUCGGCUCUCCAGAAGCCAAUGCCCGGGAACCUACUUCGGCCGAUCAGAUCGUUGGAGCCCACGCGCAGCCAAUCUACAUCCAGCACGGGGCGCUGGCGAGGAAGUUCUACUCGAAGCGGCCGCCACCCAUCUCGAUCGAAGAGUAUCUCAUGCGCAUGCACAAAUACUGUCCUACAUCAACGGCAGUCUAUCUCGCGUCGUCGCUAUAUAUCACUCGAUUGGCAGUCCGGGAGAAGAUCCUCCCCGUCACACCCCGCAAUGUGCAUCGCCUGCUUCUAGCCUGCCUGCGAGUGGCCAUGAAGGCGCUCGAGGAUCUGUCGUGGCCGCACGGCCGUAUCAGCAAAGUCGGUGGAGUCUCCGAGGCCGAGCUCGGCAGGCUCGAAAUCACAUUCUGCUACCUGGCAGACUUCAAUCUAAAAGUCGAUGCUGCCAUGUUGCAACGCGAGGCUGAGAAUCUGUGCCGCCACAAUCGAUUCCAGUCUGUCAUGCCGGAGAGUCCGCUUAGUCCGAUAGACAUGCGCCUACCCGAAGAUGGCGACAGAAAGGCCAGGGGCGUGGAGAAGAGGAAGGCGAGUAGUACUCUGUCCGGCAGACCUGUUGUUCAAGUGGCCGGCAUUGAGGUCAUGGGCCAGUCCUGA